AUGGAAAUAACAGUCACUGAAGAGUCAACUGAACCACAUAUAUUGUCUUCUAGUGUCAAGCGACAAAAAAACACGAUUCCAUGCGAAUGUAAAAUUUGUGGAGCUCCUGCUCGAUAUUCUUAUUAUGGUGCUAUUAUUCAACCAACAUCAAGUUCAUUAGAAUUUGAUCAAUCAACAUUAAGUAUGAAUCAAUGGAAUCUUUUAUCAAAUUUAGUUCAUUGUUUUGAUGAAAAUAGUGGAUAUGCAUUUGUCGAACGUUUUCUAAAAGAACAAAAUCGAUUACCUAUCAAAUUUCGAUUCAAAUAUUCAUCAGUUAAUAAUUUUGUUACGUCGAUGAAACGUCAACUUCAACUUGUAUUCGAGAAAAAUCUUGAUUUUCUCUCAUUAUCUAGUCAUGAUUUUACAAUAUUGCUUCGAACUACAAUAGAAUACACAUCCAAUGUUGCCGGUAUGUUCAUAUUAUGUCAGUACAAUUUAUUUGACUAUCCUCCUUUCCACGAAUCUGCUGAAAUGAUAUUUCAACCAUCUGCAGCAAAUUUCACUAAACGUGUUAUUGAUCAACUUGAUCCAGAUAAUACAUUUAUUAAAUUAAUACUUUCAAUUCUUGCUUUCUCAAUAAUCCACUAUACUGUAUAUAGAAAAGAUGUUCAUAUUAAUUUAACAAAUAUCAAAGCAACUUUACCUAUUCAAGAUAUGUAUACUGAUUUAACAUGGCGAUAUCUUUUAUACAAGUAUGGCUAUCAUCAGGCUGUGAUACAUUUUUCAAAUCUUCUAAGAUGUCUUUUUUCCGUGACUGGAACCAUUGUUGAAGCACAUGAAUCAUAA